CUACAAUCACAAACCGACAAAUACCUCAUCCAUCCUUUUCGAUGUUUAGGUGACCUACACUAUCGCAAAGAUGGGAUCAAAUCAGAUAAACCCACAACCUCAACUCCAAGUGCCACCAUCCGUUCGCCCCACAUCGAUGAAUAGGUCGAGCUCUGCAUAUGAUAUCGAUCUUCCGCUUCGAUUGGACGAUCAUUCUCAUCAAAUCAAAAUGAAUCAUUAUUCCUCUUUAGCAGAUGAUCUGCGAAAAGAAGUAUCAGGUACACAGGUGCACGUUCGGGAUGCAAGAGCGCUGACAGUGGAAGAACUUCCUGAACAAAAAGAAGCCAAAACACAAACUGAACAGGUUGCCUCAACCAAUGAUACCUUCCAAAAUCACAAUACCGCCAAUGUGAAUGAUCCGUCAAAGCCAACAUCAUUCGCAAGCUCUACCACCUUGUUCAACUCUGCCGCUCCAUUGGCAGCCUGGCUCGUAGUCAGACCAAAGAAUGCCGAAGAUGUAGUAAAAACGAUCAAGUUCUGCGUGGAGAAAAAUCUAUCACCUUCUAUUCGCUCAGGAGGUUUUUCUACAGCUGGUUGGUCUAUUCAAGGAGAUGUGGUAUUGGAUAUGCGAAGCAUGAACAGGAUAAAAACAUUGCCCCUCGCUGAACGUGAAAACCCAAAAUAUCGUCUCAAUGUUGCAAGCAGUAGCAAAACAACAAUUGAUGGACGACCAAAUAUUAUCCCAAAUCAAUCCUUUGCAAAGCAAGAUGGAAGAGGUCGUGCUGCAGACAAAAGCAAUAGUAAUGCCUUUAAUGAUGCAACCAAUUAUGACGGCGAUGGCUCAAGUAAGCGCAGAAAGCCCGAAACUUUCAACGCAGAGCAGAUUAACCAAACCGCCCGGGAGAUAAAUGCGGUCAUCGAUGCCGAUAGUGGUGCAGAUGCAGAUGAAGAGAAUAGCAAUGACAGUAAAGGAAGUAAUAGUGGCAGAUCAGGUUCUGAUCGUGAAGAUGGUGAAAUCUUAAAGGACGCUGAAUUAGUUUCCUCACCUCGACAAACUUCUUCUUCUUCCUUUGGACGAUCCGAUACUCCGAACAGCUCUUCUGCAAUACCCGGUUCUUCACGAAGUGAAUCUGUUGCUCGUAGUACUGGAACUCCUCAAAGCAAUGACACGAGUUCAGGUCAUCCAUCAAGCAAUAGUGCUACAACUAGUGGCGAAAAUGGAGCUACGACUACUGCGACAAGCUCAGCCGGUGCUGAUGUUGAAAUGACAGAUGACGGAAAAGAUAGUAAUGCAAUGCCUGAUCUUAAGAGGACGCAAGAAGAUAAUUUCGAAUACGAUCGUUGGAAGCGUCACCACCGACCUCCAGGACAAACAUCGAACAGAAAAAACACUAUUAAUACCUCUUCGACAUCGAAUGCUGACCCUCGAUCUCAAGCAGAUCGUCUGGUCUUACCAACUACGGGUGGUUUUAUCUGGACAGCAGGUGAUUCUUCAUCGGGUGGGUCAUCUUUAGGUACAACCCGACCUCUCAAUUCUGGCGAUCCAGUAUACAUGGGCGGAGCGACUUUACCUGAUCUGCAAGCUGCCCAGUAUACAGAUCCUUAUCGCAGAGGUGGAGUGGCUACAGAUGCUGGAGGCUAUGGACAUUCAGGUGCAACUCCCGCCUUGCAUGGGAUGUCAUUAGAUUUCUCAGAUAUGAACGGAGGAAACAACCAGAAUGGUACAAAUUCCGUCUCACCUCAAUCAGAACACGUUUUGAAGCCUGGUAUACAUACGGACAAAUUUAUACUUGUCGAAUUUGAGCCUGGAGUCGGCGUUCGCGAUCUUGAUCUCUAUACAGAUCAAGCUGGUAGAGAUGGAUUCUCUAACUCGCUCUUUGACAAACAAUCAGCAGAAAUGUCACCUUCUUCAUCAGAUGAAAAGGGUAAAUCUCGAAUGCAGCCCACAAAUGUAAAGAGGGGCGAGAAUGGUUUGAGCUUCGCACUUGACGGAGGUGUGCCAUAUCACGUUCCUUUGUCUGCUUAUCCGGUUGGAUCAACUGCAAUGACCAUUGGUGGAUUUGGUUAUAUGUCCCGUGCUUAUGGAUUAUCAUUGGACAACAUCGUAGAACUGGAUAUCGUUUUGGCAGACGGCCGAUUGAAAACACUCAAUGCAUCUUCACUUGACAGUCAAGAUCAGGAAGAGCGUGAUCUUUGGUGGGCAGUACGCGGUGCAGCACCUUGUUUCGGUAUUGUGACCAGAAUCAUUGCAAAAGCAUAUCCAGUACCACAGGUGUAUGCAGGUAAUCUGAUCUAUCCUUUCAAUAAGGCGACAGCACCUUCUCUGCUUCGUCAUUGGCGCGAUUGCUUAAAGGGAACCGGGGGAUCAAUCCCACGAGAGUUGUACUCCAAUUUGAUCUUGACGGCAGGACCACCAGAUGCAUCAGCAGAACAUGUUAUCGUGAUUCAAAUAUGCUACUUAGGCACUGGAUCAACGGAAGAGAUUGGACACAACUUCGUUCAAGCCAUCAGUUCUUGGACAGGUGAACGGGUCCUGUUGAAAGACAUAAGUGAGAAAUCUAUGUUGACCCAACAAGAUGGAGUAGCAAAAGUGCUCAAAUCCGGUCAAGGAAGGCGAUGGAUGGUUCGCGGAGAUCUUUUGACAACAUUGACGGAUGAAGUGAUUUCUAAAUCGAUUGAUCAAUUCUGUUCGAUGGCCAAUCGUGCUGUUUGGUUGUUUGAAUUGGUUGGUGGAGCAAUAGAAGAUGCGAUCGAAAAAGAUGAUACUUGUGUUGGUAAAGAACAAAGGCAAGCAAAAUUCACUGCAGGCGCAUUGCAACAAUGGAUCGAUCGAGAUGAAGAUGAAGAAUGUGUCAAAGGCGUGGAAUCAUGGGUGAAUAAUAUCCUUGCACCUGUUUCGGUAGGAGGGCCUUUCGCUGCUUUCUUGGAAAGAGGUGAAACUCGUCAACGUUGCGAAGGUGCGUUCGGAAAAGAAAAUUUCGAAAAAUUAUUAAGAAUCAAAAGGGCUGUUGACCCUAAUGGUGUAUUUUGUCACACAUUCGGACGUGGUUUAGUCGAAUUCGCAAAAGAGUAAAGGCAAUUUCUGUUCAAAAAUGUUUUUGUAUUUCUCCUCUACUUUCACUAAAUUGUACACACAGUAUAUAUAUAUAUAUCACCAAUAGGUGAAUCAAUACAUUUUUUGCAUCAUCAUUCAUCCUCGUCCUCCUCAUCUUCAU